CCACGCCAGACAACGCCCUCAGUACGCCUCAUCAACAGCUCAUCGCUCCCACAAGGCUACCCACCUCCCCACGAUUUAACACCCCAACAGCCUUCCGGUACCCAGUGCCAUGGAAGAUCUCGGGAAUUUCGCCGACUUCCCGUCGCCACCGAACUCGAUGUACUACGUUUACGGGGAUCAUGAGCCAUAUAUGUCUGAAUCACAAAGCCCAAACAACUCAUCCUAUGACCCUACCUCCACGGGCGACAGUCGGUACCCGAGCCCUGGACACGAGGAAGGAGAGUCCGCGGAUCCGUCAGAGCAGCAAAAACCAGCAGCCAAGCGGAAACGAGAGAACCGCUACAAAAACGCCCCGCCAGCCGUGUUGUCGCGACGGAGAGCACAGAACCGCGCCUCGCAGCGGGCAUACCGCGAGCGCAAGGACCAAAGGAUAAAGGACUUGGAGGGGAUGCUCACCGACGCCAAGCAGCGCAACGACGUGCUCAGCCAAGCCUACGCCACGCUCCACGCCGAAUACGUCUCCCUCAAGUCCUCCCAGAUCGGCGACACAAGUUACCCGCAGCAGUUCAACAGCAUGCCAUACGGCGGGCCCGGCAGCAGCGCGCCCGGCAGCCUGGGCCUGAACGCCACCGCCAACGUCGACGGGCUUGAGCCCAUCGAUAUGUAUGUCUACGGCGACUUGAACACCGCAGGGUACACGCUCUGAGGUGCACGGCAGUUGACAAAUCUGUUUUCUGGUGGCCUCCGCGCUCUACGACCAUUAAGGACGGCGGAGGCGUCCAAAAUAGGGCAGCGCCACAUUUCUCAUUUUUGCUCCGA